CAAAUGACCAAUACAAUGAAAAGUUGUCUUCAGUUUAUUUACUGUGCUUUUUGUAAGCAACUUAACACAGAACAAAAAUAACGUAGAAGGAAGAAAGAUACAACCCAGGAACUAAAGAAAAAUAAAUGAAAUUGUGAAAAUACAGAAAUCGAAGUCAGCACAUAUUUGAGAUAUGAUAAAAUAUCAUAAAAAAGUCAGCAUAAGUCCGGAGUCAGUGAUAGAAGUUAGACCUUGCGCUAAAAGUGAAAGUAACGAGAAUGACGAGCAAAAUGAAAUCGAUGCAGUGGAGGAAGCAAGAGCGUCUGAAAUCAGAAGUUUAUGUAACCACUGGAAAAUGUUUGUUGUGAUCAUCAUUCCUAUAUCAGCAAUAAUAAUGCUCUCUGGAAUUUCAUUAACUCGAGCAUCUAGGAUCAAACAAAGUACAUCAUUAGCUAUAGAGAAUAUAGACGACAAUUUGAAAAUGAGUGAACUGAUACAGCAUCUACAACGAGAACGAGGCAUGUCUACAUCUUUCAUUGGAACAUCAAAUGUAUCAUCCGCUAUAUUAAAGCAGCUACAUAUAAUGAGACAAGAAACAAAUACAAGUUUAAACAACAUAAAAUGGCCUUACUUUGGUAUUUUUGUAAUGAAUUCUUAUUGGACGAAAGAAGAUUUGCUAACAUCAUUAGCCGAGCAUAGAAGGUAUGUUGAGAAUAGAUCUAUAAAGAUCCUCUAUAAUUUAGACUAUUAUACUACAAUUACUCAUGCCUUGUUGAAGUAUAUAGUUCAAUCUGUUACUCCAUCGGAUAAUGCAGCAGUACAACAGAUGGUAGUGGCUAGUGAAGCUCUAUUAUCACUGACAGAUGACAUAGGCAUCCAAAGAGCUAUUGGGACGACAUUUGUUACCUCUUGUGGAUGGCAAUCUACAGAAAUAGAGACGUACUACACGACAUUACAUGGACGGUCAUCAGCGUUUUUAGACACAGCAAUACAUCAUCAUAGGAACAUUGAAACACAGUUAACACAAAAGAUUCAAAAUUCUGCUUAUUUGUCAUAUUUUGCCGAUCAAUAUUAUUCAUUUGAAUUGUUUAAGGAUUAUAAAAAUAUUUGUUCCAAGACGUCACAAUAUGAGAGAGAAACAAAAAGUAUAAAAUGGUUCAGUAAUAUGACAAUAUUCAUUGAUAUAUUUUUCGAAAUUCGACAAGCUAUCAACACAGAUAUACAAUCUUUUUCAGAAGCUAUACAAAUAGUUGCUCAGUUUGAGUUUAAUCUCUUUCUAUCUACUUUGGUAGCUGUUGUAACAAUUAGCGCUAUUUUGUUUACUUCGUAUGUGUACUUUGUUGCCAAAAUGACAGGCAAUUUAUUAAAGUUAGCUGAGAAAGUUAAAAGGAAGACUGAAAAGCUGGCAAAAGAGAAGAACAAGACUGAUUCUCUACUCUACCAGAUGUUACCAAAACAAAUUGUUAGAAAUUUGAAAAAAGGGACGUCAUCUAUGGCGGAAUUGUUCAAUGAAGUGACAAUAUACUUUAGUGAUAUUGUAGGAUUUACGCAACUAGGAGCUGAAAGUAACCCUAUCGAAAUUGUUAACUUGCUGAAUGACUUAUACAGUUUACUUGACAAAUGCAUAGAUAAAUAUGAUGUUUAUAAAGUGGAAACGAUUGGUGAUUCUUACAUGGUGGCCAGUGGGGUACCGACACCAAAUGGAAGGAAUCAUGCACCGGAAAUAGCAUUAAUGGCCUUGCAAAUUCGACAGGAGGUCAAAGGGUAUACUAUUUCACACAUGCCGGGUAGAACGCUUCAGAUUAGGAUAGGACUUAAUUCAGGACCAUGCGUUGCUGGAUGUGUUGGCACUAAAAUGCCAAGAUAUUGUCUGUUUGGUGACACAGUCAAUACAGCAUCUAGAAUGCAGUCUUUCGGCAUCGGUGGAAAGAUACAUAUAAGUAGUGUUACACAAGAAAUCUUGAGCCAUAUUGGGAAUUUUAUAACAGAGUUCAGAGGUCUUAUUGAUGUGAAGGGAAAAGGACAAAUGGCUACAUAUUGGUUGGAGAAAUUCCAAGUUGGCAAACAUGUGUAA